AUGGCGGGAGCCCAUGGGCUGGGAAUGGAGGGAGGAAGCGACUGUGGCGGCAGCGGCGGUGGCGGCGGCGGCGGCGGCGUCGGGGUCGGCCGGAGCAGCAACCGGACUCUGUCCUAUAGCCGCUGGAGUUAUGACAGUGUUUUGGACGAUGAAGGCAACACUCUACGGCAGCAGAAACUUGAGAGGCAGAGGGCUCUGUUGGAGCAAAAGCAAAAGAAGAAGCGCCAGGAGCCCUUGAUGGUUCAGUCCAACCCCGACAGCCGCACGAGGACACGCCGGGCCCGGCAGUCGGAGGAGCAGGCCCCGCUCGUGGAAUCCUACCUUCACAGCAACAGCAGCACCAGCUACCAUGCAGUACAGGAGGCUGAACAAGAUGACGGAAAGUUGAGUGAGGACCCCGUGAUGCCCAGAUCAGCCAAGAGGAGCCCUGCAGCAGGGGCAGCAGCAGCAGGUGGUCAGGGCGGUAUCUCUAGGAAGGAGAAGAAGGGGAAGUCCAAAGGGAGUGAUGGGUUUUUCUCGGAUGAUGAGCCAGACCCCAACGCACAGAUCCUGACAGUGGGUCGGUCUGGCUCUAGUAGGAGCCUGGGAGAGGCAGCAGCUGCUGGAGGGCAGCAUCCAUCCAAGCCGGACCUCCGUACCACAAUGCAAACAAAGGGGAUCUCCAGCAGCAUGAACUUUGAUGAAGAGGAAGAGGAGGAGGAGGAGGAAGAUGAAGAAGACAGCUCUAGCUCUUCCCAAUUAAACACCAAUGCCCGGCCAGGCUCCGCCACCAGCAAGAAGUCAAACAAGGAGACGGCCUCGGCCCCCAGCCCCUCGGCCCAGGCCCCGCUCAUAGAGGUGGAGGAUCUGGAGGAGUUCGCGCUCCGGCCCGCACCCCAGGGCAUCACCAUCAAAUGCCGCAUCACUCGAGACAAGAAGGGGAUGGACCGAGGAAUGUACCCCACCUAUUAUCUGCACAUGGAGCGGGAGGACGGAAAAAAGGUGUUCCUCCUGGCCGGAAGGAAGAGAAAGAAGAGUAAGACAUCUAAUUACCUCAUCUCUGUAGACCCGACGGACCUAUCUCGAGGAGGAGAGAGCUUUGUGGGGAAACUUCGGUCAAACCUCAUGGGGACCAAGUUCACCGUAUACAACAAUGGCGUCAAUCCAAUGAAGACAUCAUCAUCAAAUCUGGAAGGUGCAAAUAUAAGGCAGGAGCUGGCAGCCAUUUGCUAUGAAACGAAUGUCUUGGGAUUUAAGGGCCCUCGGAAAAUGAGUGUGAUCAUCCCUGGCAUGAGCAUGGUACACGAGAGGGUCUCCAUUAAACCUCGAAAUGAGCAAGAGACUUUGCUGGCUCGGUGGCUAAAUAAGAGUACAGACACUGUCAUUGAGCUCCACAACAAGACGCCGGUGUGGAACGACGACACUCAGAGCUAUGUGCUCAACUUCCACGGUCGGGUCACGCAGGCCUCCGUCAAGAAUUUCCAGAUCAUCCAUGCAAAUGACCCUGACUACAUCGUGAUGCAGUUUGGCCGGGUAGCGGAGGACGUGUUCACCAUGGAUUACAACUACCCGAUGUGCGUCCUGCAGGCGUUUGCCAUCGCGCUCUCCAGCUUCGACAGCAAGCUGGCUUGUGGCAAUUGAUGCUUCACUUCCAAAGACGUGGCCUAACGCAGCCGAUUUCCAAUGGUACCCAGAAUUGUAAGUGAGUCCCUGGCUACCGGCCCGUGGAAGGUGACCAGAAGACAGCAUUUGGCUUCUCCCUGCUCCGGCUCAGUCCACCUCGGAAGCAUGGGCUGGGCCGCUUCUGUCCCUCCGAAUCCCGGGGAGUGAGUCCUGGCUGGCUCCUGGCUGACCUGAGGUGGGUGGUCAGUGCUCC